GAGAGAAGGUGAGGAUUUGGAGGCCCAGGACCCCUCGGAUGGCUGCCGACCGCUGCACGCUGCCAUCCUGACGGAGCAGACGGAAGCGGCCAGCUACCUGAUCAGGCAGCGCGCGGACUUGGAGAGCCGGGCCUUCGAGGGUCUGACGCCCCUGCUGCUCGCCUGCCGCUCGGAUGCGGGCAGGCUGGUGCGUCUGCUCUUGCGCCACUCGGCGGACGUGACCGCCAGGGACGCCUCGGGUCGCUCGGCCCAGGACAUCUGCGCGGAGCAUCGCUCCAAAAGCGCCGCGAAGGCGUUGGCCGGGGAGGAAGAGCUGGCGGAGCCCCAGGAGGAGUCGGCCGAGAGCACCGAGAGGAAGGAGCAGAGCAUUGCCGAGGUGAAGUGGGUAGUCCUGAAAUUGCAAGUAAUAGAAUGGUUACUGUAG